UCUCGUAAUUGUGCAAGCAGGACGUCCGGUGCGCGACACGGAGCGCGCGCUCUGCAGGAGCACAGAUCUACAGGAACUUCCCCGUUUGGCUCUGAGUCAUUGCGAUGAGCGCGCGCGGUGAGGAAGCCGCCGAAGCCUCGGGAUCCCGCGAGCAGCCUGCUCCGGCCGCCGAGCCUCCGAAGAGAGGACCGGGAAGACCCAGGAAGCCACAGCAAGAACCCACAGGUGAGCCUGUCCCCAAACGUCCCAGAGGACGUCCUAAGGGAAGCAAAAACAAGGGCCCUUCCAAAGCAGCACAGAAGAAAGCUGAAACCACAGGGGAGAAGAGACCCAGAGGACGACCAAGGAAAUGGAGGCAUUUACCUCUGUGUAAUCAUCUGACAAGAUUGUACAAGGUUGUGUUAAUCUACAGUCUGGCCACAACAAGUGGUCCAAGAAAAGCCUGCUCAGGAAGAGGAGGAGGAGGAGGAGGCAGAGGGCUCGCCCGAGGAGGACUAAACAACCACAUCAUUUUACCUCUACCUCAUCCAGCUGUCAGCUCUCUUCAAGGGAAAAGACUGCCUUGACCACUGCCUUGUUGUUGGUUUUUUUUUUUUUAGGUUAAUUUUUGUUUGUUCUUGUUUGUUUCUUUUGUUUUGGUUUUGUUUUUGUGAUCAGCACACAAAACCUCAUAGCAUGAACUCGGGGCAAAAAACACAAAAACACAACAACAAAAACAACAAAACACAACCAUUGUGCAGAAUUAUGAUUCUGCUCAACUCCGCAUUCCAAACUGCUGUAACACAGAGGUGCAGGGUUUAGCCAUGUUGGAUGUGCUGCUGUUGCUGUUGCUCUUGCCACACACACACACACACACACACACACACACACACACACACACACACACACACACACACACACGCACACUCAGAUAUUUCAGGCAUUCUGCAAACGAGAAAGAAAACCUGGUUUAGUCAUUUGAAAAGUUUGUGGUAGAGCCUCCAACAGAUACAGCGACUCCAUCUCAAGCGCACAUACAUGGAGAAAGCCCUUUAUUUCUGUGUCACACCACCAAAGACAGGGGAGAAACUGAACAAUUCUGGUUUUAUCGAUUACAUUUUAGAACAAUCUAAGAUGCAGCUUUUUAUCUUGACCUCUGAGAAAAUUCCAGGUUAAAUUAUAUUAUAGAUUAUAUUAUUAUGAGAGGUUAUAAUUGUAGGUUAUAUAGUUUUGUGAUACCUUGAAAUGAAAGAAAAAUGGUCUGGUGUCACUAAUAAUGAAGAACAUUGUGCUUAAUGUACUCAGAAUAAAAUACACUAAAGAAUAAAAUACAAGAAAAAUAAUUAUGUACAAAAACGCCCCAAUGCAAUUAUGUAGACUUUGUAUAAUGCGUACAAAUACUAGAACGUCCUUAUCACUAAUCCUUAUCAUCGAGCAGCUCCAUAAAGCAAAUUGUGAAUAUUUACACAUGCACAUGAGUACAGGAUGUUAAUAAAUAGUAUUUUAGAGCUUUUCAGGGUAAUAAAAAGUCACAAUUGAAGGCAAAUAAUAUGAAAUUUGGAUCAUAAAAAGUCUCAAUUGAAAAUUCUUCACUAAAAACACAAUUAAGCUUUACUAUAUUUGCCUUAAAAUAAGCCCAGAGUUUGUUCAAUUUAAUACUGCAGACCUCUUUUUGUGUUGGGGGACAAAAAAGACAGAGUUGGUUUGGUGUGUUUUCCCAGCCUGUCUUCGGUGGUGAGCUUAAAAAAAAACGAGACAAAAUGUACUCCUGCAAAAUGUAAACGAGACACAAAAAGUCUCUAACAGUACUACAGAACAAUCAUGACGCAAUCUACUGUACAUACACAAUCCUGGCAUCUUCUUAACCAUACUACAUGUAUAGAUUUGUUAUUGUGUUUCAAUCUGUUUGAUCUCUUUUGUAAAAAUAUAGCUUUAAAAAAGACAAUAUUCAAUACGUUCACAUAAAGGGAAGUAUGUCAUCACAUUCUGACUCAAAAACUGAACCUCAAAAAAAAAAAAAACGUAAUUCACAGGAAAGAAACCACAC